GUGUUUCGUUUUUUUUAUCAAUCUUCUUAUUUUGAAGAUCAAAUGAAACAGUUAUUGACUGAACCUAUUCCAAGAUUCUUUCUACAGUCUCCAAACACCCCACCCUCAAAAUUAGUUGAAUAAUAUCAGACAAAGCUGACACCCCAACCCCCUCCCAGUUUUCCCAUUACAAAUUCUAGUAUUUGAUUAUUAAUUAAUGAUGGAAUGGAAAAAGUAAAUAUCGCAUUUGGUGGUAAGAAACGAUCUUGUCACAGUGGCAUAAAUUGCAAUUCCAGCCAAAGUGGAGACCAGUUUGAAGAGACAUUUUGCUGAGUCAUCAUCGCCCUCCUCUCCUCUCCUCUGCAUCUGUGUAAGAAAAAAAGAAAGAAAGAAAAAGCGGCAGCUGCAGAAGCAUCAUUCACACUUUCCUCCAACAUUCAUAUUCAUCAAUUCCCAUAUCUCAAGAUUGCAUUUUUUUGAGGAUGGAGAACGUUGUUGUCUUCAACUGCGAACUUAAAGCUUGUGGGAUAGUGUAGACUUCUCCAAGUUUCAAUCUUUUUCCAGCUCGGCUCCCUCUUCACUUUCCUUCAUUCCCUCUCUCUCUCUUUCUCUCUCUGAGGAAUGGAUUGCAGAAACUCAAUAGCAGAGAAUUUGGAUCCAUUGAGGAAAAGGAGCGGCGGGUUGAGAACAAAACAGGCGGGGCGUGGCUCUUGCAGAGGGAGUUAGGCUGCUGCAGCUUCAUUUAUUCAAGAGAAAGAAAAGAAAGAAUGCUUUCACUUUUGGAGGAAUAAAUCUUUUGCAUUCCUUCGCAACUGAAUUUCUUGGGUAUAUUACUAUCUAUUUCUACAUUGAGAAUAUUCAUAUUCUGCUAUAGCUACAAUGGGCUACUUGUUUAAAGAGGCUUUGAAGACUCUUUGUGGAGUCAACCAGUGGUCCUAUGCUGUCUUUUGGAAGACUGGUUCCCAAAAUCCCAACCUUUUAAUAUGGGAAGAAUGUUAUUAUGAACCCGCAUCUUGUUAUGGACGUCCCCGGAUUUCCGGCAAUGGGACUUCAAGUGAAACUCCGAAUUUACAACAUGGUGUUCCCGGAGGGAACAGGGUGCAUUUGCUUGUGAACAAGAUGAUGGCGGACAAUCAUAUUAAUGUCAUAGGAGAAGGAUUGGUUGGAAGAGUUGCGUUUACUGGAAACCAACAGUGGAUACUAUCUGAAAAUUAUUAUAGAGAAACCCAUCCUCCGGAGGUUCUUAAAGAGGUUUGCCUACAGUUCUCAGCUGGCAUGCAGACGGUUGCAGUCGUUCCCAUUCUUCCUCAUGGUGUAGCUCAGUUUGGUUCAUACUUGCCUAUCGCCGAGGAUGUCGGAUUCGUUAAUGGUGUGAUGUCAUUAAUAGCUGAGCUGGGAUGUGUACCUGGUGUCUUGCAAUCUGCGAACCAUGAAGCAAAUGAACUUGCUCCUAAAGUUGGAUUUCCGCUACAUCCUGGAUAUUCUGCUCCUCAGGAAUCGCCUCUUGAAUCAAAUAUGAUCGGUGCAUCUUCUUUUUUUGCUGACAGUUUAAACUAUGUUGGCUGCUCAGCUCAGAGUUCUGCAUUUGAUAGUCAUACACCUUUUUCCUUAUUUGGAGAAAUCCAAAAUGAGAUGCAGUCCAGUAUUGCACCUUUUCAAGCUCCAAGAUCAAGCUCGUUUCGCAACAAGCCAUAUGAUUGCCAUGAGGAAGCAAAAACUUCUCAAGCAAAUAAGUCGGGCUUUUCUUUCUCGAACCAAUUUAUGAAUGGACUGGUUAAAGCUGAAGUCAUCCCUUCAAAUUCAAUUGCACGGAUGAACCGAUAUUCUCCUCUGAAUAUAAUGAGGUCCAUUGAAGAUUUAUCAUUCUGCAGCUCCUCUACUUUAUCCCAUGCUAGUACACGAUGCACAGAACAAAAAAUAUCGUGUGAUAAUGUCAGUGGAGGCCAUUUUAUCAAACCUGUUCUACCUGGCAUUCAGGUUUCCGAAGUAAAAACAAAUUCAGGUCUUGUUGGGGACGACACAAAGCUGAAAACUGAUGCAUGCUUUGAAUCUCAAUCAGGGGAUGACUUGUUCGAUGUUUUGGGUGCUGACUUUAAGGACGAAUGGUUCGUUAGUAGCUGGAAAAGUUGUUUGGAUGAUCAAUCAGCCACAACCAUGCAUAACUGUGGUACAAAUGAUUUUCCAUCUAGAAAUAAUCUGACUUCUCCAGAAAUAUAUUCUUCUAGUCAAGGAAAGUCAGAUAGCGGGAUCUUAUCCUUCCCCGGCACCACUGGCCAUCUCUUGGAUGCAGUGGUCUCUAAGGUUCAUCCUUUCGUGAAACAGAGCUUGGAUGAAGAUAUGUCUUGUAGCACGAGUUUGAAUGAUACAAGUGGCUCAUCUGCUUCCAAAGCUUUGCUUCAUUAUGGGAGGAUUGGUGUUUUUGACAAUGUAGAGGGAGAUUUAUUGGGCAUGCCAAAAUGUACAGCAAAGGGAGGCAUAAUUCGCUCUUCCUCGUCGACGAGUACGUCUUUGAGAGAGGAUUCGGGAAUCUAUGGCCAGGGUGGUUCCGUUUAUGAUCCGUGGAUUGAAAGAAGUCAUAAUAUAAGACAGAGCAACAGUGUCCCUACUGGAUAUUCUACUAGACCACAUGAGGCAAGCAAAACAAAUCGUAAGAGGCUUAAGCCAGGUGAGAAUCCGAGACCAAGGCCGAAAGACCGUCAAAUGAUCCAGGAUCGUGUAAAGGAGUUAAGGGAAAUUGUGCCUAAUGGAGCUAAGUGUAGCAUUGAUGCACUCCUGGAACGUACUAUCAAACAUAUGCUCUUCUUGCAAAGUGUAACGAAGCAUGCGGACAAGCUCAAGCAAAAUGCAGAAUCAAAGUUGCAGAUCAUAAGCAAGGAUGGUGGUUUACUUUUGAAAGAUAAUUUCGGGGGAGCGACAUGGGCAUAUGAAGUAGGAUCACAAUCUAUGGUGUGCCCUAUCAUCGUUGAGGAUCUAAAUCAGCCCCAUCAAAUGCUUGUGGAGAUGCUCUGUGAAGAAAGAGGUUUGUUUCUGGAAAUAGCUGACAUUAUUAGGGGACUGGGGCUAACCAUUUUGAAGGGGCUCAUGGAAACUAGGAACGAUAAGAUCUGGGCACGCUUUGCAGUGGAGGCUAAUAGGAGUGUGACAAGGAUGGAGAUCUUUCUCUCGUUAGUUCGCCUCUUGGAGCAAAACGCAAAAGGUGGCGUCCCACAAUCCGACAACGUGAUGGUCCAAGAAGCUCGCCAAGCCGCCUCUAUUCCUGCUUCUGAUGGUUCGCGCAAUGAUUAGGUUUGCUAGGAAUCGGUUAAGAGUGAGCAAAUCUGAAGCUUGCCGUGACUAACAUUUUCCUUGAAAAAUCAGGCCUGUUGUGUGGUUUUGAUGGCAGCUGAACGAGGGAAGCCGUUGCAUCAAUCGAGUGUCGUAGAGUUAUCAAUCUGAACUGGCAAAGAUUGUUGGUAAAUAGUGUCUGUUUUUCUCCUGCAGUUUGCUCUUGCUCUCUAUAUAUAUAUAGGAAUUUGGGUGGGGUAUAAUAAUGGUAGAUUAUAAGCAAAAGACAGCAAACUUGUUUGUUGUAUUAUCUUGAUGGAGGUGUGUAAUUAGGGCAACUAUUUGUUCAUAUUUAUUUAUAUAUACGCUUGUUUUCCGAGAUCAA